AUGUCGACUGCUGGCUGGGGAGAAUGCAAUCUGCGCGAAUGCAGUGUCGAGCAAAGCCUCUUCCAGUACCGACCAUAUCUCGCCGCGACUAGUGUCUUCAUUGCUCUCUUCGGAAUCAGCGGCAUCGUGCACAUGGUCCAAGGAAUAUGGUACAAGCAACGCACAUUUGCGAUUCUGAUGGUGCUCGGAUGUAUUUGUGAGAUCAUCGGUUAUGGAGGCCGGAUCAUCAUGUACAAUGACCCCUGGGACUUUAAUGGUUUCAUCAUGCAAAUAGUGUGCAUCACAAUUGCUCCAGUUUUCAUGACGGCAGCUAUCUACGUUACAUUGUAUCGCUCUAUCCUCCAACUAUCACCGUCCUCAGCCAGCUUCAAACCUGCGCUCUAUUACCAAAUCUUCAUCCCAUGCGAUGUUAUCUCCCUUGUCCUCCAAGCUGUAGGAGGCGCAAUGUCUUCCGAGUCCAAUGGCUCAUCCCAAGCUGGUGUCGACAUUGGACUAGCCGGUUUGGCGUUUCAGGUCUUCACCCUGCUCGUCUUUAUUGCUCUGGCUGUUCAGUACGGAUUUCGAUACCACAAGGACCGAAAGAGUGGCCGCGUUAAGAGUUCGGGGCUGGACACGAGGUUUAAGAUCUUCUUGAUUUGCUUGAGCGUGUCUCUUGUGCUCAUCUUCAUCCGUUGUGCUUAUCGUAUCUACGAGUUGAGCGAUGGAUAUAGCGGAUCAGCCCUUCACGAUCAAGGAUUGUUCAUUGCUCUGGAGAGCUGCAUGAUCACGGCAGCUACGUUGUUGCUAAACAUCGGUCACCCUGGUCUGGUCUUUGAUCCACGUCGACGAUCAAGUAUCCCAGUCGACAAAAAUUCUCAUGUCUACAGUAGCGACGAAACAAAUCGAGAUAUGGAAGGAGCAGCAAUGUAG